CUUCAAUUUCCCCACGUCUGAAACUGAAAAAUUAAAAAAAAAUCUUGAGAAGAAGAUAAACCAAACUCGAAUCGAACUUGUCACGCUUUAGAUCGAGCAAAAUCUUUUAAAAAAACGAAGUCGUUAUGUGUAUCGUCAUUUCGUAGAGAUCUUCAAGUAUUUGGAUUUGGUACGAGUUCUCUUUUGGUAGUUUCUUCUUCACCAAAAGCUAUUGCAAGAAUCAGCGACCUCGAUUUGGUAGUAGUUAGGGUUCUUUUUUUUUUUUUUCUUGUUAAGAGAGAGAGGAUCAAUGGCGGAGGUUGUUCUGCACAUAUACGAUGUGACCAACAGUGGAUCGGAGAAGACUAACAACACCAUUGUUCAGAUCAAUAGGUUCUUUAAGGAUGGGAUCGGUCUAGGCGGUAUAUUCCACAGCGCUAUUCAGGUAUAUGGUAAUGAUGAAUGGUCGUACGGGUAUUGUGAACAAGGAACUGGUGUAUUCAGCUGUCCUAGUGGCAAGAAUCCAAUGUACACGUAUCGUGAGAAAAUUGUUCUUGGAAAGACAGAUUGCACACCCUUCAUGGUGAAUCAAAUGUUGCGUGAACUCAGCAGGGAAUGGCCAGGACACACUUAUGAUUUGCUGUCAAAAAAUUGCAAUCACUUCUGCGAUUUACUCUGUGACAAGCUUGGUGUGCCAAAGAUCCCAGGUUGGGUGAAUCGUUUUGCCAAUGCUGGUGACACAGCCUUGGAAGUGGCAGGAAACACAGCUAUGCGGGUAAAGCAAGCCAAAACUGAACUUGUGUCAGCUAGUAAAGUGGCUUAUCGCUUCCUUUCAAAUGUUACCUCGAACAUAACCAAUGGUUCAAAUGGCUCCAAUGGAUCUCCACAACGAUCGGGAACUCUCAACAAUUCAGACAACGGGAACUUUAGACUGCAAGGUAGUUGGUUGAAAGGGCUACUUAAUACUGCCAAACCCUCCACCAGUACAGAGAUAGGGAACAAAGAGGAAGAUCCAAACCACAUAAUCACGAAUCAGAAAAAACAAACCAGGGACUCUGAUGUUCUACUAUUUCAGUAGCAACUGUACUGAUCCACCACCACAGUACCAAAAUGCAUUCGGUUAACUGUAUAUCCUCCACCUAUCCAAAUGUGAAUCACUAUAUCCAUUACUUUGUACCGCCACUGGAAACCAUUUCUCUCUCUUUUCAGCAUAACGUGUGAUUUUAUUAGGAAGGUAAAUUUCAACAUGUUGUUACCAGCAAGUACCAAGAAAGUUUGAGCAUA